UGUGUGAGAGCCGUGGCUAGUAGCCGGGUGAGUUGGUCUUUAUUCUAUGGCGUCACUUCUAAUGGCUGCUACAGCCAUGGCUACAGCAUCAGCUUCAGCUGCUCCGAUCGAGCCGCUGUUUCUACCUGCGAGAAAUCGAGGUAAAAAAGACCAAGAGACCACUGAAGUGGCCUGCAUUUUCUGUGACAUUGUGUUUCUUGUCGACAAGACGAGUAACUUCCAAAACUUGUUGACACACCUGCUAAAUGCGCACAAGUUUGUCAUCACCGAUUUCACUGGCGUUGCUGAUCCUCAAGGAUAUUUUGCGUAUUGGAAAGAGCGGUUUCGAGAGAUUGCCGAUAUUAGAGAAGUAUGCGUGGCGGUGAAGACUAACAGUGGCGAGAAUGAUGUCGGAACGAGUGAAUUCUACUUCUUGCUUUCUGAUAAGCUACCCGAAGACGACGCCAUUCGCAGGAAACUGCGCAAGUCAAAGCUGGAUGAUGUGCUGGCAAGUCAAGAACUUGAACGGUCUGACACGUCCUUCAAAAGGACCUGCCUUUUUUGCAAGCAGAUUUUUACUGAAAAUAGGGCUGCGCUUCUCAAUCACAUGGCUCAUGACCACAACUUCAGUGUCGGAAGACCUGAUAAUUUAGUGUAUGUUGAAGAAUUUCUUGACGUCUUAGAGGACAAGCUGAACAAGCUGCUGUGCUUGUACUGUGAGAAGACGUUCAAAGACUGGCAGACGCUGAAAGAGCACAUGCGGAAAAAACAGCACAAGAAGAUAAAUCCUCGGAAUAGAGCUUAUGACAAAUACUAUGUCAUCAAUUACACUGAACAUGGGGGCCUUGAAUUGCCUGAUCAAGAUGAAGACGUGGAGCCAGUGAAUGAUAAACCUGACGAAUUUGAGGAUUGGGAGGAUGAAAGUGAAGAAACAAGCCUCAUAUGCCUGAUGUGCAGUGAAGCCUAUGCCAGCAUUCCCACCAUCACAAGGCACAUGAAGGAUAUUCACAAAUUUGAUUUCACUAAGAUGAGAGAGAGCCUUGGCUUUUACCAGCAAGUAAAGGUCAUAAACUAUUUACGAAAACAGGUUUAUUUGAACUCAUGUUUCGUGUGCUCAGAAAAGUUCCGCUGUCAUUAUCAACUUCUGUCUCACUUAUCCAGUAAUGUGCAUGACAACAAUGUCAUCAACAAGUCAUGCUGGGAUCAACCACAGACUUUAUCAUUGCAGGUUCUAUUUUCCGACCUAUGAAAAUGACCAACUGCUCUGUGCUUUGGAAGAUGAAAACCUGCUGGAAGACUCUGCAGAUGAAGUGAUUGUGCCAGAGGACUGUGUGCCGCCUGAUAGUUGUGUACUUGAGGCACUUGAGAGCAAAGACUGAAGGUCUGUUCGGAUAUUUAUUUUUCAACAGCACCUGGUUGACAUUGUUUUGUUUCUUGGCAGACAUUGCUUUGCGCACUUGGGCAUGCACAGAGACACAUGUAUACAGACAUGCGUACACACAAAAAAGAACCCAGCCUAUGUUGGAUUUGCACAAAGUACAUCAGAUCACAUGAGGAAAGCUAAUACCUAAGUGGAAGUUUAAAAACUGUUGAAUCGAGCAUCUUGAAAAGCAAGGUAUAAUUUUCUCAUUGGAACUUUUGAACUAAAUUUCAGCCAACUGGUUUGUUAAGUACUACUACAAAUGUAAUCUUGUGCACCUGAAUGAGAAAAGACAAAAAAUGGGGCGAAAAAUCUCACUAGGUUUUUGUUGUUUUUUUUUUAAUAUCCAAGCCUUCUUCCACCACUAACUGCAUAUUGUAGGCAACUUGAGGCAUCUAAAAUACCCAAGUUCACUGGUCUGUAUGAAUUGUGGUCACAAAUUAUUUGGAGGCUGUUUAUGUGCUUCCUUUAGCUGGUCCUAGGCAGUAUGUUCUAGGAGUGCUGUGCAGAGGCCCAAUUGCAGUGUGAUACAACAUGUGGUUUCCGGAAUUUCAGGGAAAAAAGUCAAUGGUCUGCUGCCUAAAGUCUAAAUAAAUUAUGAUGUCACAGUUGCUGGAACUGUGACUUCUCAUGUUGAAAAA